AAGUACAAAGUUUGGUUCUUAUGCAAAUGAAAAGUAAUAUAUGUAGAAAAGCAUUUAGGUCAGGUUAGUCAGUUUUAUCUGCUGUGCACUUACCGAUCGAUAUUGCUAAUUCCUGGAGUCACCCGCAUUUCUGUUCAACACAAAAUGAGGGUGGAUCUCAGUAUAUAAAGGCUACCAAUAUUGAAGCAGGUGUCAGGUGAAGCUCCAGUCGCAUCAGCAUGAGAUUCAUAACAGUCCUGUCCGUCUCGCUCUUGGUGGCUCUUGUGGCCAUCAGCCAGGCAGACGACAGUAGUCCAGGAUUCUUCCUGAAGAUCACCAAGAACGUACCGCGGCUGGGCAAGCGAGGGGAGAACUUUGCCAUAAAGAACCUAAGAACCAUUCCUCGCAUCGGGCGAAGUGAACACAGCUCUGUGACUCCUCUGCUGGCCUGGCUGUGGGAUCUGGAUACGAGUCCGAGCAAGCGGCGCUUGCCCGCCGGAGAAUCCGCAGCGAAGGAGCAGGAACUCAACGUUGUGCAGCCCGUCAACUCGAAUACGCUCCUUGAACUGCUCGAUAACAACGCUAUUCCCAGCGAGCAGGUGAAGUUCGUCCACUGGAAGGACUUCGACCGUGCCCUCCAGGCGGAUGCGGAUCUGUACAACAAGGUUAUCCAGCUGGGACGCCGUCCGGACCAGCACCUCAAGCAGACACUUAGCUUCGGCAGCUACGUUCCCAUCUUCGGCGACGACCAGAACCCGGACUUCAUGAUGUACAAAAACAACGAGGAUCAGGAACUGUACGGCGGGGGAAAUCGCUACGAUCGCCACUUCCUUAAGUACAACACCCUGUGAGAGGUGAAGUAUCUAUCUGAGUAUUUAUCGGAAGUAUCUUAUUAGUAGUGUGUUUCAAAUAUUAAUAUAUCCGGAACCUUACAAAUGAUCCAAGCAAAAA